AUGGAUCCAAACCAAAUGAAAAUGUUUCUGGACCAGCAAAUGAAAAUGUUCACAAAAAUGAUGGAAGGAAUGCAAGUAAUCCAGAAUCGGGCUCAAGGAGUACAGCUUCAGCAACCAAGUGCGUCGAAUGUGCAGGUUCCACAGCCGUCGCCUCUAGCAGUUGAGGGCGACAUGGAGGAGAACAUGGACUUCUUCGAGAAAAGUUGGAAAGAUUACGCCAAGGCUAUUGGUAUGGAUCGGUGGCCGCAGGAGGAAAAUCCGCAAAAAGUAAGUUUCUUGCUGUCGGUCAUAGGAGAGCCGGCAAGAAAAAAGUUUUUCAACUUCGAGUUAACAGCAGAAGAAAGUGAUAAUCCGGAAGCAACAUUGGCUGCUAUACGAGAGAAAGUCGUGGCCAAAAGAAAUAUUAUAGUGGAUCGUCUUGAUUUUUUCUCUGCAACGCAGCUGGCUCGCGAAUCAAUCGACGAUUUUGUCUCUCGUCUUAAGAACCUGUCAAAAAUGGCUAAGCUCGGAGUGCUAGAAACGGAACUUAUCGCAUAUAAGGUAGUCACGUCCAACAAGUGGUCAAGUAUGCGAACCAAAAUGUUGAGCAUUGCUGACAUCACAUUGACAAAAUCCAUUGAUAUGUGUAGAGUUGAGGAGAUUACCGCGAAGCGAUCACAGGAACUUUCAGGAUCCUAUUCGGAAGUGGAAGUAAACAAAAUAGCUAAAGCUAAAUUUCGAUCUAAGAAUCAAUCGCAACGGUGUAAGUUUUGUGGAGAUCGUCAUGAGUUCUCUAAAGGCUCCUGUCCUGCUCUUGGUAAACGUUGUCACAAAUGCAACGGAAAAAAUCACUUCGAAAAGGUAUGCAAAGCCACCAACAGAUUCCAGAGCAGGAGGUCACGUAAAGUAAAGGAGGUGAAGGAUGAAAGCACCGAUUCGGAUGGGAAAACAUCAUCUUGCAAUGAAAAUUCAUCGGAGGAAAGUGAUAGUGAGUAUGAAAUUGGAAAGAUUUUCUAUAAUUCAUCGAAAGGAGGUGGCGUGAUGGCUGAGUUAAAACUCAAAUUCGCCAACAAGUGGAAGUCAGUAGUUUGCGAAGUAGACACCGGAGCAAAUACAAGCUUGAUUGGCUAUAAAUGGUUAGUCAAACUCACAGGAGAUGAUAACCCGAAAAUGAUACCAUCAACCUACAGACUACAAAGUUUCGGUGGAAAUCCCAUAAAGGUACUUGGAGAAGUCAAAAUUCCUUGUCGUCGGCUGAAGCGUCGAUACCGAUUGGUCUUACAAGUCGUGGACGUAGACCAUCGGCCACUACUUUCGACAAAAGUAUCUCGGAUACACAGGAUUGAAGCCGAGAGAAUAAUUGAGGAGCACAAAGGAAUUUUUGCUGGUUACGGAAAAUUCGUCGGCCAAUUGAAGAAGGAGCUAGAAUCGUUGGAGAAAGAGGGAAUGAUCGUGAAGGAAUCUAGACAUACCGAAUGGGUGAGCAACAUAGUGAUAGUGCAACGAGGUGACCCGGAAUCCGCUAGCAUCAGAAUUUGCCUUGAUCCUAUUCCGCUCAAUAAGGCGCUUAAGAGACCGAAUCUUCAGUUCGCUACACUGGACGAAAUUCUCCCCGAGCUGGGAAAGGCUAAGAUUUUUUCCACGGUUGACGCAAAGAAAGGGUUCUGGCACGUAGAGCUCGAUGAACCCAGCAGUAAACUUACAACUUUUUGGACUCCAUUUGGUCGGUACCGUUGGACUAGACUGCCGUUUGGUAUAUCCUCAGCUCCUGAGAUCUUCCAGAUGAAACUACAAGAAGUUAUCCAGGGUCUCGAAGGCGUUGAGUGUCUGGCGGAUGAUCUGCUGUUGUUUGGGGCUGGUGAAUCUUUGGAAGAAGCUCUCAUCAAUCACAACAGAUGCUUGAAGAAUCUUCUCAUUCGUCUAGAAAAAAAACAACGUGAAGCUGAAUCAAUCUAA